UUACAUUUAAACAGGAAAUACCGCUUAUUAAACGUUCUGCAACAAGAAAAAAGUUGAGCAAAUAUAACUUGAAAAAAAAGUACAAAAUCAUCUACAAAUUUUGACAAUUUUAUUUGAAGCAGCUUGAUAACAGCAUGCUAUAGUUGAAGCAAAAGCUCAGUUGCAAAUUAAAAUAUACAUCAUCUUCACUAAGUUAUCUUCAAGUCCGCUUUCAAUUCUUUCUUUGUGUUUAAGCCUCAAAAACUUAUACUCGGUAACUAUCUUCUGGUUUUCUUUUGAAACAUUUGAUUUGCUUCAGGUUGUCAGAAAUCGUAUAACCGGAGCCAACAUGACAGAAUCAAACAACGUGGUUUCGCUUGAGGUUCCGCAGCAGAAGGCACUGGCCCCUCUGAAGAAUGGACUGAAUUGGGUGGGUCCUCAGCAGCCUAUAGUGGGCGUACCAUAUGGUCUGGAGUAUCUGGUCAAACUGGACCAGGUCAAGAUCGAGAGAUCAAAGGAGGCGAACGACUCCAGUUGGGAUGUGGCAUGCAAGUGGUAUGUGAAGACGGUGGAUGGUGACGUGGUAUUCCAGGUGUUCGAGGAACCGGACUCACGCCAGACCAACUACUUAACCUGUUCACGCUCCCGCUCAUACAACCUACACUUUAUGGAUCGCAACCACAAGGAAGUGAUGAUUGUGAAGAAAGAGUUGAACAGCUGUUCGGACACGAACAAGUGUGGCUGCUCAGAAGCUUCGGUCGAGGCACCCCUCGGAAAUAACAUCGGACGCAUGCAGACAGAUUGCAGUCUUUGUUCGCCCCAGUUCUCGGUGGUGAAUUACGAGAGUGACUUCGCACUGGUGAUCGAUGGCCCCUGCUACUCCAAAAACUGCUGCUGCAGUCACAAGUUCGACAUCCGCAAUGAGGAAGGUCAGAAUGUGGGUCGGGUGGUGUCGAACUAUUUGGAGACGAAGGAGAAGGAUGUGUUCACAGCUGUGGAUAACUACACUGUGGAGAUAAUGGAGGAGUUGGAGACACGGCAGAAGGGCGCACUAAUCGGAACAGCGUUCCUCAUGGACAUUUUGCUGUUCCACAAUAAUUCGUGAAAACAAGCACUUCAUUGAUUGCGCAAUCGAGCUUCUCUUUCCGAAAACUAUAUCUUCAACUCAACCCUUCACUAUAAUGCUCUCCAGAGAAAACGACAUCGAAGAGACAAGGAUCGAAAAAAUUCAAAUUAACACUCAAAAUGAAUAAGCUUUCCAGAAUUUUUAUUAUUACUUACCAGAAUAUUAAAUAGAAUA